AGAGAGAGAGAGCAGAGAGAAAGCAGAGAGAGAGCAGACAGAGAGAGAGCAAAGAGAGAGAGGCAGUUUGCUCCUGCAGCGCUGCAAGGACAGACUGCACUGACAGAGGAGGGGACACACAUACACAGCCCAGCCUGAAGAGAGUCAUGCCUACAUAACAGGACCAUCAGCACACGAAUCAUUUGUGGACACUUACAACAACACAGAACACAAAUAGAUGCCAAGGACUAGCACCUCAAAACAACCUCACCCUCACAGAGAGGGAGGUCACAGUUUGAAGGGGGAACAGUUUGAAGACGGACACAGUAAAGGUGAAGGAAGACAUUUGUUCUGGAAGAGACCAACUAAAACAGGAAUAAUCAACAGUAGCAUCUACUCGCUGCGAUCUAGCUCUUGGAAGUGAAAAGGAUAGACUUUACAGUACAGUGCUGCGCUGCUGCUACUGCUACUGCGGUUCCAAACCAGGCUACAUCAGACAGAGGUACGCUGAACUGACCAGCUCUGCUCUACACUCUAGCUAGCUGUACUGCACUGACUGACUGGUUGACUGACUGACCAUGAGUGAGUCGAAGAAGGGUGAUCUGGCUCUCCGGGAUAAAGCCAUCCUCGGCCAGCAGAGGCGUCUGAAGCAGGCCACCCAGUUCACACACAAAGACUCAGCCGACCUCCUGCCCCUGGAUGGGCUCAAGAGACUGGGCACCUCCAAAGAUCUGCAACCCCACAGCAUCGUGCAGCGCCGCCUCAUGGCGGGAAACAUCACACAGCUGCGUGGCGAGGCCCGCGUGGGGAGACCCUCGCCCCUGGUCGACAGCAAGGAGGGGGGCGGCGGCGACGCAGAGGAGAAGAGCGAGAGCACGGCUGAAGACUCCACGGAGGAGAGGGAUUCGCCGGAGGAGAGCGAGAGGAGCCUAGAGACGAGGUCGGACGAGGAGGAGGAGGAGGACAGCAGCGAGGCCGGGGGGAAGUCAAGCAGCACGGCUGGGAACGAUAAAACAGAAGAGGGGAGGAAGGAGAGGCAGAGGACAGAGAGGCCUCUCACUGCCCUGCUGGUCCAGUGCAAGUGCUGUGACACAGAGGUGAAGGCUUCUAUCAACACUGGGAGUCAACACAACCACAUCUCCAGCUCCUGCUGCAGGAGGCUUGGAUUGGUUCCCACCCAGGAGGGUCCACCCUGUGAUCAGACAGAGGGCCAGGGCUCUGUGAGGGGGCUGCAGCUGCAACUGGGCAGACAGAGUGUCCAGUUCUCUGCCCAUGUCACAGAGGAUGAGGUGUUUGAGCUGUGCCUGGGACUUCAGACUCUGCAGGAACUCAGAUGCUGUAUGGACCUGAGCAGUAGAGUCCUGAAGCUCCAGGGCUCAGGGGAGGAGCUGCCUUUCCUGGAGCCGCCAUUGGUCAGCCAGUGCCAUCAUCAUGACAGCAAUGAGAACCUGUGACCCUGGCGUGUCACAAACUCCCAGCCGUCCCGCGCCCUCCUCUGAUUGGCUGGAGCUGACAAAACAUGAUGCGGUCCGAAUCUGGACUGUCCAAUCAGUGUCUCGCACUGCCAGCAACAUGGAUGAACAUCCCAAUUCUAUUCAAUUUACACCACUGUGUUUGUUUCUGUGGAAUUAAGACAUUACCAUGAUGUAACAAUCUUCAUAAUGAUGUACUUAAUCAAGCUGUUUUUAAUCUGCCAGACAGUGCAUCAUUGUUCAAUACACUCUUAGAAAAAAGGAAUUCAAAAGGGUUCUUUGGCUGUCCACAUAGGAGAACCCUUUCUGGUUCCA